CCUCCUCCUCCUUGCAGCUUUCAUGUUCCUAUUCAAAUUACUCACUUUAGUUUAUCUUUCCCUGUCAUCUUCACAAAAUCUCUCACCGCCAUAGAUCUCAUAUCCAUGGCUUCUUCUCCUGGAAACCCGAAUCCACAAUCAAACCCGCCUUUUGACAUGCACAACUUCUUCAGACCCGCACCAAACCCGACCCAAUUGCAACCCUCUGGUUCUUACCCUACACCCGCUUCCUCUUAUCCUCCACCCGCCGGUCCGUUCCUUCACCACCACCAUCAUAAUCUUUACAUGCCGCCUUUCAACAAUGGCGAUAUGAACAAUCCUCAGCAGCAGCAGCAGCAGUUUCAGCAGCAACAAGAGCCCGUCGCUAACAUGCACCAGCAGCGAUCACUCUCAUUUCCGACUCCCACUCUCAAUCUCACCUCUCCUCGCAGCGGCAACAACAGCAAUUCCAAUGCCGGUACCCAAAUCCUGGCUCUCAUCAAUAACAACCAACACAGUGCCGUCAGUCAGGAUUUGCAGCAUCAGUACCCGACCCAGUUACCAGUAACUCACCCGCUUGACUCAUUGGGGCCGUUACCAGGCGGUGUGGGUCUUUCCCGGGUGCCCAGUUGCAAGCUUCCUAGGGGAAGGCGCUUGGUGGGGGAUCAUGUUGUGUAUGAUCUGGACGCCAGGUUACAGGGAGAGGUACAGCCUCAGCUGGAGGUCACUCCGAUAACAAAAUAUGGGUCGGAUCCUCAGCUUGUGGUGGGGCGGCAAAUUGCAGUCAAUAAGGUCUAUAUAUGCUAUGGGUUGAAGGGAGGGAAUAUCCGAAUUCUUAAUAUAAACACUGCAUUGAGGUCUCUGUUUCGCGGCCAUACGCAGAGGGUGACAGACAUGGUUUUCUUUGCUGAAGAUGUUCAUCUUUUGGCUAGUGUGAGUGUGGAGGGGCGAAUCUUUGUUUGGAAAAUUUCUGAAGGUUCAAAGGAAGAAGAUAAGCCACAGAUAACAGGAAAAGUUGUCACUGCUGUUCAGAUAUCAGGAGAGACAGAAUCAGCACGUCCGCGUGUUUGUUGGCACUGUCACAAACAAGAAAUAUUGGUGGUUGGGAUUGGAAAACAUGUUCUUAGGAUUGAUACUACAAAAGUUGGGAAAGGUGAAAUGUAUUCAGCAGAUUCCCCUCUUCAAUGUCAUGUUGACAAGCUGAUUGAUGGGAUUCAGCUUGUUGGUAAACAUGAUGGAGAAGUGACUGAUUUGUCAAUGUGCCAAUGGAUGACCUCUCGCUUAGUUUCUGCUUCUGUGGAUGGCACGAUAAAGAUAUGGGAAGAUCGCAAGGCACAGCCACUUGUGGUAUUGAGACCACAUGAUGGUCACCCUGUUAACUCAGCCAUAUUCUUGACAGCUCCCCAUCAACCCGAUCACAUUGUACUAAUCACGGGAGGCCCACUGAAUCGAGAAGUCAAGAUUUGGGCAUCAGCAAGUGAAGAAGGCUGGCUGCUACCUUGUGAUGCCAAAUCAUGGAAGUGCACUCAAAUAUUGGAGUUCAAGAGCUCAGCUGUACUUCGAGUUGAGGAGGCAUUUUUCAAUCAAGUCGCAGCUUUAGCUCAGGCAGGGAUUCUCUUGCUUGCAAAUGCUAAGCGGAAUGCAAUAUAUGCUGUGCACUUGGAAUAUGGUCCUUUUCCAGCAGCAACGCACAUGGAUUACAUAUCAGAAUUCACUGUCAAAAUGCCUAUUUUGAGUUUUACUGGGACAAAUUAUCCUCCCGAUGAACAUGUCAAGGUGUAUUGUGUUCAGACACAAGCAAUUCAGCAAUAUACUUUAGAGUUAUGCCAGUGCUUACCACCGCCAUCAGAGGAUGUUGGUGCUGAGAAGUUAGACUCCAGCAUCUCACAUGACAUGACUAAUGCUGGAGGAGUGUCUGCUCUGGACCCAUCUGGAAGUAAAAAAACCGAGUUGCUUUUAGCUAGUUCAGCUCCCAAGCCAUCGUUACAAAUAAGUAGUUCUGAGGGUGCAAAUGCCAUGAGUUCUCCUGUAAGCUCUACUUCUAUGGAAGCAGUUACUUCUCAAGACUUUUCCAGUUUGAAUGGUGAACCAAGACCUGCUCUUCCAAUGGGAAGUUGUGAUGCUGAAUCUGUUGCUGCUCCACCUCACCCUCUUUCUUUGAGUCCUAGGUUGUCCAGGAAUCAUUCUGGUUUUUUAACUCCAACAAAAAGCUUUGACCCAGCUCCUCUGCCCAGUGACAAUAACAGAAACCAAUCAGCUGGGGAUUAUUCAGUUGACAGGCAAAUGGAUACCAUCAAACGAAAUUUGUCUGAUGUGCAUACCUUGGGUGAUGUUUCAAGGAACAAUGAGAUUAAAGUUGCAUCUGGUGAUGAAUCUGGCAUACAUAACCUUACCAUGGCGUUCAAGCACCCAACUCACCUAAUAACUCCUUCAGAGAUUUUGAUGGCUGUUUCAUCCACUGAAACUAGUACCAUCAUUGAGGGCAAGAAUGAUGGGAAUGCAAAUAUUCAAGAUGUGAUUGAAAGCAGUGGUGUGGGUAAUAAUGCAGAGGUGGAGGUUAAAGUAGUUGGUGAAGCAAGAUCUGUGCAAAAUAAUGAAUUUCCCUUCCAUGGAGGGUGUAAAAACCUUGUUUCAGAAAACAGAGAAAAGGUCUUUUGCUCCCAGGCAUCAGAUCUUGGCCUUGGGGUGGCUAGAGAGUGUUUUGAAGUAUCUGAGGAAAGUUAUAUCCCACAUGAGGGUCAUCAGGUUGAUGCCAUUGGUGAAACAGAACCACAUUUCCAACCUUCCCUUACAGGUGAUGAAGGAGGUCAUGACUCCAGGAAAGAUGCCUCGGCAAAAGUUCCAGAUUCAACAGCAAUUACUACAUUGCAGCAAUCACCAGCCCCAAGUACAAAGGGGAAAAAGCAUAAGGGUAAAAAUUCGCAAGGUUCUGGACUGUCCUCUCCAUCUUCAAGCAUUUUCAAUUCUGCAGACUCCUACAAUGAACCAGGUCGCAGUUUGGGACUUCCUUGUUCAGAGUCUUUUGCUCCACAAAUAUUUGCUAUGCAGGAGAUGCUAAAUCAGCUAAUGACGACACAAAAAGAAAUGCAAAAGCAAAUUUCAAGUGUAGUUAACCUCCCUGUUGCGAAAGAAGGUAGAAGACUAGAGGCGGCUCUAGGGCGGAGCAUUGAGAAAGCUGUCAAGGCCAAUGCUGAUGCUUUAUGGGCUCGGUUUCAAGAAGAGAAUGGAAAAAAUGAAAAAUUGUUGCGUGACCGGACACAACAAAUAACAAAUUUGAUUUCUAACUUCAUGAACAAGGACUUGACUCCCAUGUUUGAGAAGGCAGUUAAGAAGGAAUUUACUGCAAUUGGACCAGCUAUACUUCGCACAAUCACUCCAGCUAUUGAAAAAACAGUAUCAUCAGCUGUUGCAGAGUCCUUCCAGAGAGGACUUGGUGAUAAGGCAGUGAAUCAAUUGGACAAAUCUGUUAACUCAAAACUUGAAGCUUCUGUUGCAAGGCAAAUUCAAGCACAAUUUCAAAUUUCUGGCAAGCAAGCUCUCCAGGAUGCUCUUAAAUCUGGUUUAGAAGUUUCAAUUGUCCCUGCCUUUGAUGUGUCAUGCAAAGCUAUGUUUGAGCAAGUAGAUGCUACAUUUCAGAAAGGGAUGGUUGAGCAUACAAAUGCUGUUUGGCAGCAUUUUGAAACCACACAUUCUCCAUUAACGCUUGCUCUAAGGGAUGCCAUUAAUUCUGCUUCAUCAAUGGCUCAAACUUUAAGUGGUGAAUUGGCUGAUGGUCAACGAAAACUGUUGGCCGUUGCAACUGCUGGAACGAAUACAACUUCAAUGAAUUCAAUGGCUACUCAAUUGGGAAAUGGGCCUUUUGUUGGUCUCAAUGAAAAGGUUGAGACACCUCUGGAUCCAACAAAAGAGCUAUCAAGAUUGAUAUCUGAACACAAAUACGACAAAGCUUUCACAAUUGCAUUACAGAGAAGCGAUGUUUCUAUUGUAUCCUGGUUAUGUUCACAGGUGGAUCUGCACGGAAUACUGGCAGCAGUUCCUCUUCCUUUAAGCCAAGGUGUGUUUCUGUCUCUUCUGCAGCAGUUGGCUUGUGAUAUCAGCAAGGAUACAUCUAGAAAGUUAGCAUGGAUGACAGACGUGGCUGCAGCCAUAAACCCUGCGGACCAGAUGAUAGCAGUCCACGUCCGGCCAAUAUUCGAGCAAGUGAAUCAGAUACUCCAUCAUCAACAGAGCUCGCCAACAAUAACUGGUGGCGACAUUUUGAGCAUCCGGCUUCUCAUGCACGUAAUCAACUCAAUGCUUAUGAGUUGUAAAUGAUAAUAUAAGCAGCUUGCUCUGUGCCUGUCCUUGCAGAGUCAUGGCAUGGCAUAUAUGGUUUUCGGUAGGGAAGUAGAAGGGGAAAUUGUACAAAUGCAGGAGUGACAUCUUAGAUUUUUGGUUUUAGAAUUUAGUUGAAUGCUUCUGUAGCUUAAUGGAAUUAAGUUUUAAGCAAUUGGCUUCGGCUUUACAUA